AUGCCACCAUCCCCAUUGGAAGAGCGCCUUUCCGCUCUCCUGGAAAAACGUCGAUCGCAGUCAAAGCUGCGGCACCUGAAAUCGAGUCUGCCUGGCUCGGUAGACUUCUCCUCCAACGACUUCUUGUCCCUGUCGACCAACAAGGGAUUUCAGGAUGAUUAUCUGGCGGUUCUAAAUCGCAGCCGCACGCCCAUUGGGUCAACAGGAUCAAGGCUUUUGGAUGGCAACUCUGAAAUUGCCGAAAGCCUCGAGCGUGACAUUGCUGCAUUCCAUGGCGCCGAGGCUGGUCUUCUGACGAACUCGGGCUUUGACGCCAACGUCAGCAUCUUUACAUUUCUUCCUCAACCGGGGGAUGUCAUCAUCUACGACGAACUCAUCCAUGCCAGCGUCCACGAUGGGAUGAGGCAAUGCAGGGCGAAACAACAGAUAUCCUUUAAACACAAUGAUGUUGAAGACCUGAAUCGAAUAUUGCAGCAAUUUUCUUCCUCAGGUCCGAGUCAGACCAUUUUUGUCGCCGUGGAGACAGUCUACAGCAUGGAAGGGGACCUUGCCCCUCUGACAGAGAUUGUCGACUUGAUGGAAGCCACAUUACCUCACAACAACGCCCACCUGGUGGUUGAUGAGGCCCACGCUACAGGAGUUUAUGGGCCAAAUGGCUCUGGGAGAGUCUGUGAACUUGGACUUGAAAAGCGCGUUUCAAUCCGCCUUCAUACGUUCGGCAAAGCUCUUGCUUGCAACGGCGCAAUCAUUUUGUGUUCUCCCAUGAUUCGACUUUUCCUUAUCAACUACGCCCGACCACUAAUCUACACAACAUUCAUGUCCUACCCUUCGCUUCUUGCAAUACAGACGGCAUAUGAAUGGCUCAAAAUGGGAAAAGUGAAUCUGCUUGCUGCAAACCUCUACCAUCUGAUCGAUCAUCUCUACACAAGAUUGCAGACCUUGGCAGGCGUCGCCGCAGAGAGCGGGCGAGUUUCUAAGCCUCUUGUCACGCUUCCAACAACAUGCCCAGAGUCGCCCAUUUUCGCCAUCCUCAGCCCGUAUCCUCGGUCAUUGGCCGCGUACUGUCAAUCGGCGGGGUUUAUCGUGCGUCCGGUCGUGGCACCUACGGUUCCCAAGGGUACAGAGCGUGUGAGGGUGUGCCUACAUGCGGGGAAUACCGUAGAGCAGAUCGACCGAUUUGUCGAAUGUGUCAGGCAAUGGAUUGUCAGUGAAAGCACGAGGGACUUGCACGCAAAGCGUCUAGUCACCCCACAGAGUCACGCCGUCAGCCAACCAGUGGGACUAAAAAUGGAGAGAAAUCUUGUCGCAAAAAUGUAA